AUGUCGUCAUAUAGUCGUAUUAAACCAUUUGACGUUACAGCGGAAGCUAGCAGUCUUCCAGCUUUGUGGGAAACGUGGAAAAGUGACUUGGAGUGUUUUUUCCUGGCACAUAAUAUCGAGGCACAGCGGGACAAACGGGCCCAGUUGGCCUACCUUGGCGGUCCGGCCCUUCAAGAACUGCUACGGCAUUUGCCUGGGACAAAUCAAGUACCUCAUGUGCCUGUCGACCCACCGUACUAUGAUGUGGCCAUCAAAUGCCUGGAUGACUAUUUUGAGCCAUUUCGCCGUAAGACGUAUGAGCGGCAUAUCUUCCAUCAGAUUGUUCAACAACCGGAAGAAAGAUUUGCGGAUUUUGUUUUGCGGUUGCGGAAGCAGAUUGCUAGAUGCAAUUACGACGCAUGUGUAACAGAUGAGUUGAUUGCCGACCGCAUCACACAAGGCUGCAAGUCACAGGAGUUAAGAACAAGACUUCUGCAGAAAGACCGGUCACUUGAAGAGAUUAUCGCGUUGGGAUCAAGUUUGGCCGAAUCGCAGGACCAAUCGAUAAAAUUGUCGAAACCCAACAUCCAAAGCAGGCCGGAAUUCGAAGUGAACGCUGUUGCAAAACCACCGUUUCGUCCUUUCCAGAAACGUAGGGCAUACAUUUCUCCAGGAAACCAGAAUCGUACACAGCUUGGUCAACAGCCGAAUAAUCGCUUCACUUGCUACGGAUGUGGACGCCGUGGACACGUGCAGGGAAGCAACGAUUGCCCGGCGAAAGAAACAAAAUGCGCGGCUUGUGGGAAACAAGGACACUGGGCGAAGAGAUGUUAUGGUACAAGGCAGGGAUUCGAACGCCGGCCCAUCGACAGUAUUUCAGAACCAAAGGUCAAACGUAUCCGGGCGAUUCAGGAAGAAACCGAGGAAGGUCAAAGCACAGAUUUCGUAUUCUACGCGAUGGGUCGGAACGUUUUCACGUUCAAGGUUGGAGGAGUUGACAUACCGAUGACGAUUGAUUCUGGCGCGGAUGCCAACAUUAUAACAAGGAAUAUCUGGGACCAAAUGAAGGAGGCUGGAGUAAAGGUGAUGAAUGCCACAACUAAAAUUGACAGGUCGCUGAUCGCGUAUGGAGCCGGAGAACCAUUGAAGAUGGCGGGAAUGUUCCAAGCAGAGAUUAAGGCAGUAAACAACAAAGUCGAAGCAAAGUUUUAUGUCGUCGAAAACGGUCAACGCUGCUUGUUGGGUGAUCGCACCGCCAAGGAUCUGCAGGUUCUCAAGGUUGGAUACGACAUUGAAGCGAUCGAAACCAAGCGCCGUAUUCCCUUUCCGAAGGUUCGGGAAGUGAAGGUUGAAAUACCUAUCAACCAAGAAGUGCAACCAGUACAACAAGCGUAUAGACGACCACCGAUUGCGAUGGAAGAAAAGAUCGAAGAGAAGUUGCGAUCACUUCUUGAGCUAGAUAUUAUCGAGCGGGCUCUAGGUCCGUCACCGUGGGUGUCGCCAGUAGUACCCGUCCUCAAGGAUUCUGGAGAAGUCCGACUGUGCAUUGACAUGCGUCGGGCCAAUCAAGCAGUGCUCCGUGAAACUCAUCCCUUACCGUUAGUGGAUGAGCUCUUGUCAUCGGUCUCCGGCGCAGUGCUCUUUUCGAAACUGGACAUUAAGGAAGCGUACCAUCAGGUCGAGUUGUCCGAAAGAUCAAGACCCAUAACGACUUUCAUCACCAAGUAUGGUCUCUACAGAUGGACUACGACAGAAAGCUCCGUAUUCCAGUCCAUCAAGUCGGAUAUUUUCAAAAUACAUCAUCUCGGAUUCUUCAACCCCAAGGAUCGAACCAAGUUAAUGACAGAUGCAAGUCCAACGGGGUUGGGUGCUGUACUCCUACAGGAAGAUUCACAGGGAAGAAGUCGUGUGAUUGCUUACGCCAGCAAAGCACUCACGGAGCUGGAAAAGAAGUACUUCCAAACAGAGCGGGAAGCUUUGUCGCUUACCGACUGCAAAGCGCUGAAAUUCCUGUUCAACCCCAAGUCUCGCCCUUGCGCUCGGAUCGAGAGGUGGGUUCUCAAGCUGCAGAACUACACUUACGAUGUUGAGUAUAUUCCAGGAUCUGCUAAUCUAGCAGACGUCUUCUCGCGGCUUUGCGAAUUACCACCAGAACCUUUUGAUGAAAAGGGAGAAAAGUGCAUUCAAAGCAUUGUAGCACAGUCUAUUCCAAAAGCGAUCACGUUGCAGGAAAUCAAGGAAGAAACGACAAAAGAUGAAGAACUUACGCAGAUAAUGGAAUGUCUUCGGUCCGGUAUAAUGGAUUGCAUGUUCAAGGAGUACAAACCUUAUGUGGACGAGCUUUGCAGUGCAGAAGGGGUUCUGUUAAGAGGCAAUCGACUGGUAGUUCCUACGAAGUUACGUGAACGAGUGCUGGCGGUGGCACACGAAGCGCAUCCGGGAAUGGCCGCAAUGAAGCGUCGUCUUCGCACGAAGGUCUGGUGGCCAGCGAUGGACAAACAGGUUGAGAUGAAUGUGAAGAAAUGUAAGGACUGCAUCCUAGUAUCUUCCUUGGGUCCACCGGAGCCAGUGAGAAGUACAACGAUGCCUGAUAAGCCAUGGACCGACAUAGCGGUUGACUUCAUGGGUCCGCUACCCACGGGACACACGCUUUUUGUGAUGGUGGACUACUUCAGUAGAUUUACUGAGGCUAUUGUCAUGAAGCAAAUAACGGCAAGGCGUACAGUUCAGGCACUUCACGAAACGUUUACAUCGAUGAGUACGACAGAAAACCCUCCAUUCAAGGAUCAAUCAGCCAUGCUGCCACUCCGGGACAUGGACAUCACGAAUGAAUCAGAGGAAGCGGGACCGCAGGAAACACAAGCGGACCAGAGCACAAGCCGAUCAAUGCGGAUGUCGCGCAAACCAGCAUACCUCAAGGAUUACCAUACUGACGCAGUUUUCGACGUUUAA